UGUUGAAAAACUCUUCCUGGUCACACUUCAUUUACAGACAUUGCAGAGCUGUAGUCAUGCACGCAAUAAUGAACUUUACCUUCAUAACAGCUUUAAUUCUCUGCAGCUUCAGCUGGAUCUCUGUCUCAGUGUCUGAGUCUCAGACUGUGAAGGCUCAGCCUGGUCAAGAAGUUAAACUGCUGAUCUCCAACAUUUCUAAACAUGAAACUGUGACGUUCUGGUUCAGACUGGUCAACAGGACCAAGGUCAGCUGUAUCUCAGUUAUGUACAGGUCUGACAGUAAAGCUGAAUUCUGUGAUGGAUAUGAAGCUGGAAAUUUUGAAAUGAGAUCCAACAUCUCCACUGUCUAUCUCAAAAUCAAACGAGUGGAUGUAUCUGACUCUGGACAGUAUUUCUGUGGAUUUUACACAAGCGGGCGUCCAAUUUUCAGUGUGAUUAAUUUAAAGGUUGGAGUUAAUGGCAGUAAUGGCCCUCCACCUGACACUCAUGCAGAGGCUGAUGGAAUAACAAAGCUGAUGAACAUGAUCCUGGGUGGUUUAACUGCUUUCCUUGUAAUCGUCAUUGGCCUUGUUGUUACCAUCAUGAAACUUCCAGCAGCUGCCAAUGAGGAAAAGAAUCCACAACAGCCUGAGAACAUGAGCUCUGAUUACGUGAUGAGACUGUGUUCACCAACAAUAAGAAACAGGAGGCCUGCAUCAGAGAGAGAAGAGGAGACUCAUGUUAUUUACACUGCCAGCAGAGAGACUCAGAGUGGAACUGAUGAUGUUAAACAUGCUGAUUUUUUAGAGUGAAGGACACAUCACUUGUUUGACAGGAAGACAUACAAUAUGGUCUAAGCACAGCUGAAGUGAAAAUGAGGCCAGUGAAGUCAGUUUUGUAGGAAUAAAGUCUGAAAUGAAGCAGUGAAUAGAGGCUGACUUCUUUCAAGUGCACACAGUGAAUUAGUUCUACAUUUGUAUAAAUACAACAUCAAUGUAAAAACUGGAUAUUUUAUCUGUGGUGUCGAUGUGUUAUGUGUCUGGAUUAAAAAUGAAUCUUAGAAGAAUGAUAGUUGUAUUUAUAAAGGUUUAUGACACCUACAUGUCCAGUGUUGUGGUUACAAAACAAACGCUGUGUGCAUUAGUGAGAUAUCUGUGUCUUCACACUUCUGACAGACUCACAACACUAGUUUAUUUUCACAGUGUAUAAAACUUGUGAAAAGACGCCUGAAGCAGUGUGACACUUUUACAUCCUUAUAUGAACCCAUUCACUCUGCUCAAGACUGUACAUGUUGAACACAUCUCACAUGUUGCAUUUGUUGUAUUUAAUAAGUAGAUAACGCAGCUAUGAUGAUAGUAAAGCAACUUCUCUCACACACACACACACACACACAACACACACACAUCCUUGUACAUCUAUGUUUGUGAGGACCUGUCCUUAACAUAAUGCAUCCCUAACCCCUUACCUUAACUUUAACCAUCACAACUCAAUACCUAUUGCAUUUGUUCUGUCAGCUGUAAACCAAUAAAACCUGCAAUAAGCACUG